AUGGCCGCCCCAUUAAAAGUUUUCAAACUUUUGAACGAAAAACUUAUCUUUCAGGAGAACUGCACCUACUCCUCUUGUACAUGUCCAGAAAACCAACCGUGCGAGGAGUGCCUCGAGUGCCCAAGACAAGUUGGCGAGCCCUGCAGUCCACACAAGCUGUGCGACAGUAGAAGAGGCAUAUUUUGUCGAUACCGUCACGGUGACAUCGACGGUAUUUGCCAAGAAUCGGGAGGUCUCCCCUGUUUGGUGUAUAAUAAAACGUACGAGCAUGGUGAAACAUUCACGUUAGACUGUCGUACACAAUGUACAUGUCAGAACGGCACUUAUGGUUGCUCCUCCUUGUGCCCUCAAGAGCGCAUAUCUCCAAAAGGAACAUGUAAGCACCCACGACUGGUGGACGUCCCCGGACAGUGCUGUCGUGAGUGGAUGUGCGACAGCCAAACAGUAGAAGAACCACCAUCUUGCCAGCCAAUCUUUUCGAAAUGGUCAACGUGCAGCAGCGAUUGCGGCGCCGGAUUGUCGAGCAGAAGAUCGAACCUGAACGCGAAAUGUGAGCCGUCUACGGAAACGAGAAUAUGUCAGACGAGACGUUGUGACGAUUUCACGCCCGAUGUCGUCCACAGAAAUGAACACCACGUUAGGAGGGGACACGAGUGUAAAGCGACGCAUCGCAUUGGCACACCAGUAACGCUUCGAUUUGGUCCGUGUAGAAGCCGGAAGCGUUACAAACCCAAAUAUUGCGGGUUUUGCUCAAUUCCAGGGGUGUCGUGCGAGUCGCUGCUGAGUACGACGGUUCGAAUAGAAUUCUUCUGUCGAGGUUCGCCAUCACUGUCGACGGAGAACCUUCCGGAACUGCUUCCCGAGUUCUUAGAGCCCGGUGAGGAUAUGUGGACGGAUGAGUCGUCGUCGAGGAAAGAUCCUCAUAUGAAAAUUUUAACAGUGUCAGUGCAGUGGAUACUCAAGUGUAGAUGUCAGAGAAUUCCGAUGACUCCCACUUUAAGCACUGGUGAAAUAAUAUUACAUCGCGUACAUCGAACAGCGGCGCCUUAAAGGUUCUUUGCGUAAUCAAGGCACGGCAUAUCAAUACUUCCGUAGAACGAAGAGAAGUGGUGUUUGAUAGACGGUGACAGUUUUCGUGGCACUUAACUUACAGAAGCAGGUGCGGUUAUCUGUGCCUUUUGUGUAAUGCGAUUCGAGAGUAACUGAUAAGACGAGAAAUAUGUAGACUUUAGUAUUAUUGCUUUUAGGCUUUAGAACGCAAUGUUGAUGGCCGAGGGCUCAGUGGUGUGAGUUGGAGGAAUAUUUCUUUUCUUGUGUGCCUCCAGUAGAGGGAGCGAGCAUGCUUUAAAUUUUACACACCCUAAGUGCACCUUCCAACAAGAGUAAUCGCAUUAAGAUGAAUGCUAGAAGAAAAGCACCAUCCGGCUGUGAGGCCGAGAUAAUAAAAAUGUAUUUUAGAUGUGUAGGUACAUACAUUGCUUAUUUUAUUAACUCGAAUGGGACGUUCAAGUUACACUAGGUAUACAUAAUGUUACUUAUGAAUUAUUCGCGGUUGAUAUAGUAAUCGAUUGUACAUAUUAAUAUACUUAAUAGAGCCGACAAAUGAUUCGUGUUUUAGUAAACAGUUUGAAUGAAAUUGUUGCAAAUAAACAAAUACCUAUCGUAACCAGUAACAAUAGAGGAUGAAUUAAAAUUACUUGAAAUUGUUGUCCCAAAGAGGUGGUUGAUGAGGGUAUGUACUGAAUACAGUAUGUGGGUACCUACUCUCGUGUAGAAACAAAUUCGAGGAACCGAUAAAUUGUCUCAAUAGCAUACUAAUAAUUAGUGUUGUAGUAUGCUAUUCCUAUUUGUUGAUUGUGCCAAAGAUGUAUAAAAGAUUCAACGUCUAUAAUUUGCUCGAUAUUGUUCCCUAUUGGUUGAUUGCGUAAUUUCAAAAAAAGGAACAGACGUAAAACUUGCUGAUUAUUUCAAUUUUACAUCGAAAACACAUGUUUGCUAUGGUUCAGAGACUUGGAGAGAAAAAAAUGUGAUAAUUCUGUAUCAAAGAUCAGCAUCCAUUCAUUUCAUAAUGCUUAUUUGCGCUUCGUAAAAGUUUAGAAAAUGAAGCACAAACUCUUUCGACCACGUCAGUGGCCAGUUGCUCCCAAACUGAACUCUAAAAUAUUGAAAUCGCGGAAUCGUUUACAAAUGGGGAUAACUCGACCUGUUCGGUUAAAUUGACAGAAGUAACGUAUUACAUCAUUACAGUCCCAAAUGCUGUUCGCUGUUGUUAUUGUUAUUUUAAUUCCAAGUGUUACCAAUGGCAAUUUUUGGAAAAUUCGCGAAUCGCUUAUAGCGCAAGAGCGAAACCGUAUGCUAGGUGCAUCAAUUGUAUUAAAUGGGAAAGAAGAAAAGGCCAACAACCUGUUAAUGUCCUACAAACUGCAGGAGCUCGAUGUGGCUUACCAUAAUCCGGAAAAUUUCGCACCGAGUAAGUAUUUCGUGAGAGCUCGUGCUCAGAUUGAAAGCUCGCCAGUGUUCAAGCUAAUUAAAACAAUGCCAAAAGGUGGUGCGCUACAUGGGCACAGUACGGCACUAGCCACUCCCGAUUUUCUGUACUCCCUCACUUACAGAGAUAACCUGUUUGUUUGUAUGCAGGGUGGCACAUUCCAGUUACGAUUUAUGCAGUACCCAGACGCGAAGUGCAAAUGGACACUCAUCAGCACUUUAAGGGGAAUAGAUGCGAAUUUUGAUGAGUGGUUGCGUUCACAAUUUACAAUGUACCACGAGAAUGAUAUCGACAUAUACAAAAACAAGACCCAAAUUUGGUUGGUGUUUGAGAAAACUUUUUCGGCUAUUAAGGGGUUGGUAACUUACAGACCCAUUUUUGAAGAAUAUUUUUACGAAGUCCUCAGGCUACUUUUUGAGGAUAACGUAAUGUAUUUAGAAUUUCGAAGUACACUACCUGAAAUGUACGAGCUUAACGGAUCUACGUACAAAUCGGAGGAUACGGUGCGAUUUUACGAUGAUGUCAUUGAAAAAUUCAAGCGUACGCAUCCAAAAUUUGUGGGCGCACGCCUUAUUUACGCCCCUGAUCGAGACAACAAUAAUCAAACAUUUAACAAUAUCGCCUCUAUCCUCCUCAAUGUGAAGGUCGGCCACCCAAAGAUUUUGGCGGGCUUUGAUUUGGUCGGCCAGGAAGAUCUUGGAGCGCCUCUACUGUCAUACUUGUGGGAGGUGAAGAGGAUUGCAAAGUUAGGUAUCGACGUCUAUUUUCACGCCGGUGAGACAAACUGGUAUCAAAGUAACAGCGAUUAUAAUGUAAUUGACGCCAUUCUGUUGGGCUCGAAGCGUAUCGGUCACGCGUUGGGCUUAAUCAAGCAUCCGGUUGCAUUGGAAAUGAUCAAGGAAAGAAAUAUCGCCAUUGAAGUAUGCCCAAUCUCGAACCAAAUGCUUUUGUACGUCGACGAUCUGCGGAAUCAUCCGGCGUCAUUUCUAAUUGCGAAUGGAUUUCCAAUUGUAAUAAGCUACGAUGAUCCCAGCCUUUGGAACGUUACGGGAUUAAGUUAUGAUUUCUACAUUACAUUUAUGGCAAUAGCCGGAAGAACGGCCGAUUUGAGAUUAUUAAAGCAGUUGUCGAUUAACUCGAUACUGUACAGUUCAUUAACGGGUGACGAGAAGAAGUUGGCAUUACAGUCGUGGGAGACAGACUGGGGCAUUUUUAUUGAAAACAUCCACUCAGUGAUAGUGUAGAGAUGACAUUGGAUGAAUACCUUUGUUCCUAUUGUGGCUGUGAAAUUCGUGUGUCAUCCAUUUAUGUAAUAAAAUGGCAAUGUGUGAAUAAAUGAAAGGCCUGUA